GAGGGGCUGUGUGUCCAGCCAGGCUGGGCGUGAGCCCUGAGCACUUCCUUCUUCCCAGAGGCAGACCCAGCUGGUAUCCAUCACUACCUUUGACCGCUGCUCCGGACCUGCUCUCUCCUCACACCCAGCGCCACCUCUGCCCUGUCCUGUCCUGGCAGAGACCCCUCAGCUCCUCGGGGGCAAACCCGACCUGGCCCAGGUCGCGUGGCUUUCCCAGAUGCACAAAGGCCUUGACACAGCUCCCGGCACCUGCUGCAUCUCGGCCCCCCUUUUCUCACCCCCUUUGCACCUUAUCUGCAACACGCAGAAGUGGGGCCACCAAAGGAAGUGAAUCAGAGACAAGGGCAAGGAGAUAAACACAAGCAGCUUCACUUGAACCUUGAAGGAGAGCCAAGGGGUUGGCGGCAAGUCCUUGGGGGGAUUGAGCGCUGGUUAUCGCCGAGAAUGAGAGGCAGGGCUGAGUGGCUGCUCUGGGCUCUGCUCCUUCCCUUCCUGGAAGGCUCCUCUCCUGUCACAGGUCCGAAAGCAGUGAGGGGCCAGGAGCGGGGCUCCCUGGCUGUGCAGUGUCGAUACACUCCUGGGUGGGAGUCCCACGGGAAGUGGUGGUGCCGAGGAGCCGACUGGGGAAACUGCAAGAUCCUUGUUCAAACCACUGCAUCAGAGCCGGAGGUGAAGAGGGACCGUGUGUCCAUCAGGGACGAUCGGGAAAACCGCACAUUCACCGUGACCACAGAGGAGCUCAGGCUGGACGAUGCAGGCAUUUAUUGGUGUGGGAUUGCGAGAGUCGGGACUGACCAUGCGGAGCAAGUCAGCGUGACUGUUGACCCAGGCUCCUCUCCUGUCACAGGUCCGAAAGCAGUGAGGGGCCAGGAGCGGGGCUCCCUGGCUGUGCAGUGUCGAUACACUCCUGGGUGGGAGUCCCACGGGAAGUGGUGGUGCCGAGGAGCCGACUGGGGAAACUGCAAGAUCCUUGUUCAAACCACUGCAUCAGAGCCGGAGGUGAAGAGGGACCGUGUGUCCAUCAGGGACGAUCGGGAAAACCGCACAUUCACCGUGACCACAGAGGAGCUCAGGCUGGACGAUGCAGGCAUUUAUUGGUGUGGGAUUGCGAGAGUCGGGACUGACCAUGCGGAGCAAGUCAGCGUGACUGUUGACCCAGGCUCCUCUCCUGUCACAGGUCCGAAAGCAGUGAGGGGCCAGGAGCGGGGCUCCCUGGCUGUGCAGUGUCGAUACACUCCUGGGUGGGAGUCCCACGGGAAGUGGUGGUGCCGAGGAGCCGACUGGGGAAACUGCAAGAUCCUUGUUCAAACCACUGCAUCAGAGCCGGAGGUGAAGAGGGACCGUGUGUCCAUCAGGGACGAUCGGGAAAACCGCACAUUCACCGUGACCACAGAGGAGCUCAGGCUGGACGAUGCAGGCAUUUAUUGGUGUGGGAUUGCGAGAGUCGGGACUGACCAUGCGGAGCAAGUCAGCGUGACUGUUGACCCAGGCUCCUCUCCUGUCACAGGUCCGAAAGCAGUGAGGGGCCAGGAGCGGGGCUCCCUGGCUGUGCAGUGUCGAUACACUCCUGGGUGGGAGUCCCACGGGAAGUGGUGGUGCCGAGGAGCCGACUGGGACAGCUGCAAGAUCCUUGUUCAAACCACUGCAUCAGAGCCGGAGGUGAAGAGGGACCGUGUGUCCAUCAGGGACGAUCGGGAGAACCGCACAUUCACCGUGACCACAGAGGAGCUCAGGCUGGACGAUGCAGGCGUUUACUGGUGUGGGAUCGAGAGAGUCGGACAUGACCAUGGGACCCAAGUUAGGGUGACUGUUGACCCAGCACCUGUCACCUCAGGAGAUGACUCUCUGAAUAUGACCAGCCACGGUCCCAACGGCAGGUCCCUACUCCGCAGCAUCCACUUCCUGCUCCUGGUUUUCCUGAAGAUGCCUCUGUUCCUGGGCAUGCUCAGCGCCGUCCUCUGGGUCCACAGGCCUCAGGGGAGUUCUAGGUGGGAGACAAAGUCAGCCCUGUGAGAACCAGUAGCCCCCUGCUCUUCGAUGUCUCAUCCAGAGAGAAAGACCCUCAAACAGACAAAAAAGAAAUGUUUAUCAGGCAACAACUGAGGUCAGCAGCGACCGUGGUUCAAGAGGCAAUGUGGUCCCUGUUUCAGGAAACAGCCCUCUAGGCCCUGGGAACCUAUAGCUGUGGUGCUUGGGUCUCUGGGCCUCACUCAAGGUUCCCCUUUCUCUGCACAGUCUCUGCCCUGCUUUCUUCCUGGGGCCUCCAACACAGCAGAACAUGCAAGAAGAAAUGCAAGGGAAAAUGCCUUUCCCCAGGGCCCAGUUCCCGGAGGACAUAUAUCAUCUCAAGUCGGCGAGCCGCCUGCGGUGUGAUGGAUUCUUUUUGUAUUCCAUGGGGUCCAGGGCUUCAGCCAGGAGAGGGUUCCGGAAUUCUAGACCCUGUGAAAAUAGAAAAAUUGUACUAAAUGCUGGUGGUGUGCCAACCCCAAGUGCGGACCUAAGGAAGUUCCCAUUGUGGCUCAGAGGUUUAUGAACCUGACAGGUACCCAUGAGGUUGUGGGUUCCAUCCCUGGCUUCGCUCAGUGGUUUAAGGAUCUGGUGAUGCGGUGAGAUGCUGGGUAGAUCCCAGACACAGCUUGGAUUCUGCAUUGCUAUGGCUGUGGUGUAGGCCGGCAGCUGUAGAUCCAAUUUGACCCUUAGCCCGGACACUGUGAUAUGCCUUAAGUGUGGCCCUAAAAAGACACCCCCCCCCAAAAAAAGCCCCAAAAAGCAAAGCAAACAAACAAAAACAAAACAACAACAACAAAAACAAGUGAGGACCUGAAUCCACAAGUGACAGAAGACUCUAGCAUGCCUGUCCUGAUGCAUCUUUGCCACUCGUGGGGAGGCGUUACCAGAAAGAUGCUACCAGCAUCCGGGUCCUUGUUCAUGGAGCCGAAGAAUGAACUUCUCGAGCACACAGGCAGCAAGCAAGCCAAGGUCUUUAUUACCGGAAGGCAGAUAGCUCCUAGCACAGACACUGGGAGGGGAGGAAGAGUCCCCCUCUCUCUUGUGCUAUGGAGGCUUCUUUUUUUUUUUUUUUUUUUUUUUUUUGUCUUUUUGCUAUUUCUUUGGGCCGCUCCCACGGCAUAUGGAGGUUCCCAG